CCCGUGAGGCCGUGGGGGUGUUUGAAUCCGAAUAUCCGCUCGCGCGUACGGCUCACGUUUUGCGGGAACUCAACGGUGGAUCUUCAUUGACUACGAGGCAGCCGAAGUUUCGUUCUUGGGGGGCAUGACCGAGUGAAGGAUUUGGGGGCGAUUGAAAAGUCGGGCCUUAGGGCUUCUCUCGAGCUCCAGCUCGUGGAAGACGCGGGAAACGCUGGAUCAGGGCGAUGCCGGGGGGUGCCGUGCUGGAGACGCAGUCGGAAUUGCCUGCUGCUACAUUCUCGACGCAAGCCAAUGCGUUGCUUCGCAAAAAUCUAGUUUUCCAGAGGCGACGAUGGAAAACCAGCUUGCUGCUGGUGCUUUUCCCGGGGCUGCUGUGCGUUUUUCUGUUCACGAUGCAAAAGAUCAUCGACUCCGAGAACAACAAAGCCUCCAACAAGUGCGGCUGCGCUUGCGUGCCUCGCAACGAUUCCAGCGGCGCUUGCGACACGGUCUGCGGCGUUCAAUAUUCCACCGACAGGCAGGCGCUCACUUGCUCGGUUCCGUCGCCUCCGGAGGUCCCGGCCAUGCUUCAAGUCCCAGAUGCAAGAUACCGAGCCGUCAACUUUGAAGGAAAGUUUCCUGGAUUCCCAGAUCCACGAUGCCGUGACUCCGGAUCUUGCGAUUUCGUGUUCCUGUACACUGGAGGGAAUCGAUCAUUAGCCGACGCACUGACGAGUAAUUUACUAAGCGACGACUUCGAUGCUUCUCCCGAUCCCAUGUCCAUCUUGUCUACUAUCGUGCCGGGAACAUCCAGAAAAGUUCCAUUCUCUUACUUUUUGGAAGACGCAUUGACAAAAAACUUCAGCAUUUUGUUGCGUGACUGCACGAACGCCAUGGGAAUUCCAUGUGUUCCAACCGAUAUGGUUUGGAGGGACUCUAAGCAAUUGAUCGAAGAGGAUAUCUAUGACGGCUACAGAAGAGCGAACCCUGAAAGGUUCAUAAAUGAAAUAACUUUGGCUUACAACUUCCUGGACACAAGUUCUCAGAAUCUGGAUCUCGUUGUCUACUACAACUCAAGCUAUAGAGGCAACGUUGCAAGUAAUGCUAAUUCGGUUCUUCUUCGGGUUGCUCGAAGCAUGAAUAUAGCUGCUUCAUCGUUUCUGAAAAUGUUGCUUGGUCCUUCAACACAGCUGCCUUUUGCUUUUAUGAAAGAAAUGCCGAAGCAAGAAUCAAAACUACUGAUAAACUUCACACUGUUGCUUGGCCCUCUCUUUUAUAUGUGGGUGGUGCAGCUUUUAUUUCCGGUGAUUUUGGUCUCUUUAGUUUAUGAGAAAGAACGAAGGCUUCGAAUGAUGAUGAAAAUGCAUGGUUUAGGAGACGGCCCCUACUGGUUUAUCAACUACGUUUACUUCCUUGCCUUUUCGAUAUUGUACAUACUCUUUCUCAUGAUAUUUGGUGCUGCCAUCGGCUUGGACUUCUUCAGACAGAACAGUUACAGCAUACAGUUUGUAUUCUACUUUGUCUACAUGAACUUGCAAAUAGCUAUGGCUUUUCUUGGGACGGCACUAUUUUCACAUGCUUUGACUGCCACAGUUUGCGGUUACUUGUACGUUUUUGGGUCCGGGCUGUUAGGAUCGUUUCUCAUGGAAAACUAUAUCGAGGACACGAAUAUUAGCAGAAAGAUUAUCUUUGCGACCGAAAUACUUCCUGGUUUCGCUCUCCAUCGUGGCCUAUAUGAAUUCUCGCAGUAUGCGUUGCUGGGAUCAAGUGCUGGUGAAAAGGGAAUGGAAUGGAGGAACCUUGCAGACCACGAUAAUGGAUUGCGGCAGGUUCUUGCAAUAAUGCUCGUCGAGUGGAUUAUUUUCCUGGUUCUUGCACAAUACCUGGAUAAAGUGAUUGCUUCCGGGUGCGGGUUGAAGAGAAGGCCAUUGUUUUUCUUGGAAAGGUUUUUCCAAAAGUCGGCAACUGUAGCAAGUGAUACAGAUGAUAUAAGCAGACCCGACGUUGCAAAUGAGAGAGCAAUUGUUGAGACGUUAAGGACUGCUAGCAAUUCAUCCUUUGCUAUCAUAUGUGACGACUUGAAAAAGAUAUACGCUGGUAAAGAUGGAAAUCCGGAUAACUACGCAGUUCGAAGUUUGUCGCUGGCUAUACGGCGUGGAGAAUGCUUUGGUAUGCUAGGUCCAAAUGGUGCUGGAAAGACUACUAGCAUCAACAUGAUGAUUGGGUUUUUGACUCCAUCCUCAGGAAAAGCAUUUGUUGCGGGAUUGGAUAUUUCCAAAGACAUGGAUAAAAUCUACACAGUUAUGGGUGUCUGCCCUCAACACAAUUUGCUAUGGGGAUCACUGACUGGAAGGGAGCAUCUUCUAUUUUAUGGACGCCUAAAGAAUCUCAAGGGUGCUGCUCUGGACUCCGCCGUGGAAACAUCUCUGAAAAAUGUAAAUCUCUUCUAUGAUGGGGUGGGAGACAGAAGAGCAGGGACAUAUAGCGGGGGAAUGAAAAGACGGCUCAGCGUGGCCAUUUCUCUCAUUGGACAUUCAAAAGCGGUUUAUAUGGAUGAGCCAAGCACCGGAUUGGAUCCUGCCUCACGAAGGACGCUAUGGAACGCUAUCAAGAAGGCAAAGCAAGAUCGUGCUAUCAUAUUAACGACACAUUCAAUGGAAGAGGCAGAAGCCUUGUGCGAUCGCGUUGGUAUUUUCGUGAAAGGUCAGCUCCAGUGCAUUGGCAACACGAGAGAGCUCAAGUCCAGAUAUGGUGGCACUUACGUCUUCACUGUGACUGGCGACCCCUCGAAGGAGCAAGAAGUGGGAAAUCUGGUGCGCGAGUGGUCGAGUGGUGCAAAACAGGUUUACAACCUCUCUGGCACUCAAAAGUUUGAGAUACCGAAGGACGACGUGAAGAUAGCUAAGGUGUUUAGAGAAGUCGGCGAGUGGAAAGAGCGGCUGGGCAUCCAAGCGUGGGGAUUGACAGAUACCACUCUAGAAGAUGUUUUCAUCAAAGUAGCGACCAAUUAAACGAGAAAGAAAAAGAUC